UUCUCAAUGUCAGCCUCACAGGAGCCCACCAAAGCGGGGAGGAAGCAGGUAUGCCUGCUUGGAAGGGAAGUUGAGGUCUCCUGGCUGUGGAGAAUGAAAGAUGGAGUGGCCAAGCCCGCCCUUCUAACCACCACCAUCCCUGAUUAUAGGGCUGACUCAGCCUGUUCCAAGGCCCAGAACCUUCUUUUGCUGGACCCUAGAACCUUUGUCUUUAGUCAUGAGGCCUGACGGGGUGGGGACAGUGGAUAAAAGGCCCCAAAGGCAGCAUCCACACCCUUCCACUGAGCUGCCGUCUACAUGAAGCCACCUAUGCAGCACCUAACCCAGGCCCUGCCCUUCUCUCUAAGAGAUGCCCUUCGAGGUAGUGGUCUCCAGGUGCCUGUCAUUAAGAUGGGCACAGGGUGGGAGGGCAUACAUCGGACCCUGAAGGAAGUUGCCUACAUCCUUCUCUGUUGCUGGUGUAUCAAGGAACUGCUGGACUAAUCAGGGAACACCUCCUGUCACCCCUGACACCAAGAUCUGCAUCACCCAGCCUUCAGACUACUGGAGUCUGCUGGUCUUCACCAAGCAUGGGCCCCAAACAAGCGAAGACCGAAACAUGAACCCUGCUCUGAGCUGUCCAUCUGCCUGACCUGCCUCAUCCUGGGGCCAUCUAUCCCUGCCACCUGUCUCUGGUAUACUUCUGGGAGGCAUGAGCUUGGCUUGCUGGCUAAGACUCCAAUGAGACUGCAGCAGGAUCUGGUACUCCUCCAAAAUUGGCACAACAAGCCCACCCAACCCAGAUGAUUAAUCUUCCCAUGUACUUGGAGACCCAGGAAUGGACUGCCCCUAAGAUACCCGGUAACCACUCAACUACACACAAAAUAAAUAUGCUUAGGCCUUGA